CUAUACUUUCAAUGUUAUCAGUGUUUGUGCUCGACUAACAGCUCUCAGAACAGACAAUACAUCAAGCCAAGUAAAUGUCUGAGGGGAAUAUUGAGACAAAGCAUCAAAGAGCAUCAAUUUCAAUUAAUCUAUUGUCUUUUCAGUUCACUCUAUGGUAAAGCAUGAGAUAAGAAUUCUUAGUAAAACAGAAAAUGUAUGAUUUACAAAUUUGCUUAUAAGGACAGACAAGAAUAUAAAUACAGUACGUAGAGUGUGAGGAUGUGAGAGACACUCAGACACGCUGGGCAGGCUGGUAGAAUGGCUCUGAGAAUGAUUUGCCUUUUCUGCUUUGCGGCUUUGCUGCCUUUCCACGGGCUGGGGCUCCCUACAAACUCAGGUGAACUCCAACAGGUGCCCAUUAAGUUGACUGUCAUUAAUGAUUUGACUAACGAGCAAGUCACUUACUCCAGCUCUGUUAUAGAGGGAGGGGUGCUGUUUGGGGCCUUAAAUGAACUACAGUCAACCAACAACGGUUUCAAAUUUACAUUUACUAUUAACAAAGACUUUGGCAUACAUCUGGAGAGUGUGAAUGGGUUGGGUGAGUCUGAUGCAGACCAGACAUAAUGGGAGCUUCUGUCUGAGAAUAGAGGGAGCAUAACCCGACUGGAAAUGGGAAUUGGCUGCUACCAACCCCAGAAUGAUGAACAUAUUAUUCUGAGGUUCACCACUUGGGCCAAAAAAUAGAUUUUACAAAGAGCUACAAAGGCUACCAUUCUAAUUCAGAUCAAGUGAAUAUCUUGUAUCAGUCAUAUCAUGAACUUGAAAUAUAAGUAAAUGAAUAAACUCAUUUCAUUGUAUCUUGUAUAAUAGGCUACUAAUGUAAAUGCAUAGUGCUGAUGGAUCUGGUUAUUUUCAGUGCCUACUGUAACUGUUGUGACAUGAUCAAUAUCUUAUUACAGUUUCUAGAAUACUUAUAGCAUAAUAUGUGCCAUGCAUGCGGCAUGUACUGUAUGGUUAAAUCAAGUCAAGUAAUUUUAAUUUGUAUAGUGCUUUUCACAACAUACUGUACAUCGUUUCAAAGCAGCUUUACGGAAAAUCAUGCUUUAACAGAAAAUGAAGCUGUAAUAUUUGUAAUGUCUUUUAUCAGUUUGAUAAAAAUGUGAUUUUAAAUUGUGUCUUAAAAUAAAUAAUGAAAUAAAUUAUUAACAAGAAUGUUUAAGCCAAAUCUAUGCCUUUGGCAAAAAAAAAUAAAUAAAUAAAAGUUUAU